UUGAAAUUCGCUAAAUUCUCAAUGCACUAGAUCUCAAUUUCAGAGAAGCAGUGAGAGUUUGAGACUGCGACGAAGAUGUCACGGCGAUCCGGAGCUUGCCUGCGGUGUUGCUUGGUUGUGUUUGCAGUAGUCUCAGCUUUGGCUGUGUGUGGCCCCACUCUGUACGGGACAUUCAAGAAUACUUGGAAGCUUGACAAUUCAAAAAUCUCUUGCCCUCCAUGCGUUUGUGACUGUCCUCCUCCUUUGUCUCUCCUGCACAUUGCUCCUGGGCUGGCCAACCUUUCUGUCUCAGAUUGUGGAAGUAAUGAUCCUGAUCUCAAGCAGGAGAUGGAAAAGCAACUCGUGGAUCUUCUCACUGAGGAGCUUAAGCUGCAAGAGGCUGUUGCCAAAGAGCACUCUCGUCAUAUGAACAUAUCUUUGGCUGAAGCAAAGAGACUGGCAUCUCAAUACCAGAGGGAGGCAGAUAAAUGUGUUGCUGCUACUGAAACUUGUGAACAAGCAAGAGAACGAGCCGAGGCGUUGCUUAUCAGGGAGAAGAAGAUGACUUUGCUGUGGGAGCAUCGAGCACGGCAAGUGGGCUGGCAAGGGGAAUAACUGUACAAAAUUUGCACUUGAUAUUCUGCUACUGAUUCUUGUUUUUUUUUUUUUUUUUGGCCUUUCUUUGAAUACAAGCACGAAAGCAAAUUGCUUGACUUGUUAACCAAUUUAGGUUUCUGUAAUAUAGUUGUUCUCUUACCAAUGAUGUUGUAGCUACAUCAUCCAUUUGGCUUGUAGCCUUGUAUCAAUCAAUUUUGAGCUUGGAUGAAAAUGUUAGCAAUGUAUAAGCAGCACUAGUUUAAUA